UCCGGGCGCAGUUACCGGUGGCAUCGAUCAAAUUAAAUUUGGCGCAAAAGAAACGAAACGAAACGAGAGCACGAACUAUAUAAAUAUGGUACAGUUAAGAAGACAAGAGCCGCAAAUUGUGAAGAAAUAAUGAGUCUCAGGUUCAAAGAAGUGACCGACUCAGAAACGGAGACGAAGAUCCCUCGUCCUUUUGAUCUAGGAAAGCGGCAGACGUUGGAUCUCGGCAAUGGAAGCGAAAUCCUCUACAUUAGCAAGUUCGUCUCCUCCGAUCAGGCUUGGACCUGGUUCGAUUAUCUCAAUCAACGUAUUCCAUGGACCAGGCCCACCAUUCGCGUCUUCGGUCGCUCCGUUCUUCAGCCUAGAGAUACUUGCUACGUUGCACAUCCUGGAUUGACUACAUUAACUUAUAGUGGGUAUAAACCUCAUGCCUAUACUUGGGAUGAUUUUACUCCUCUUAAGGACAUUUUGGAUGCUGUCCACGAAGCUCUUCCGGGAAGCAGAUUUAAUAGCUUACUCUUGAACAGGUAUAAAGGUGGUAAUGAUUGUGUGGGUUGGCAUUCUGAUGAUGAGAAAGUGUAUGCACUGAACCAGGAGAUUGCUUCUGUAUCAUUUGGAUGUGAACGGGAUUUCUUGUUGAAGAAGAAGCCCAACAAAACUUCUCAACGAAGAAAUGAUGAGGUGCCUCCAGCCAAGAAAUCAAAGAAAUGCAGUGGGGCUGAUACACACUCAUUUGUACUAAAGCAUGGUUCACUUUUGGUUAUGAAAGGCUACACUCAACGAGAUUGGAUGCAUUCAGUGCCUAAGCGCCUUAAGGCAGAGGCAACCCGCAUCAAUCUUACUUUCAGACACAUUAUAGGUGAUUGAUUUUGAAGUUAAUACCAGAUUGUUGUAGGAAUGUCCUUCGUAAGGUUCAAGUGGCUCUAUCUUUGGAGUGGACGUUUCAUUAGUUUUGGUUCAUUGAUCAAGGAUUGUUGCUUGAUGUAGUUGUAUAACUGUUGAUGAAAAAGGUGGUCCAAUGAAUAGCAAUUAUUGCCUCCUUGCCGAGCCGAUGAUCGGGAGGACAACGAGCUCUCUCGUUUACAGAAAUGUGGAAGAGAUGUAUAAUCCAUUAUCUACAAGAAAGAGAGAAUAAUUAAUUCAUCAUUACAUGCAUAUGGCCUUACCUUCAGCAGCUCUUCUUUCCCACAGCCUGGUAGCACUUGAACCUUUUUCCUUGUCCUUUCAUGUAAGAGAGGCUUGAUAACCUGCGAUAUCAAAGAGAUAACAUGAUGACUAUGUACAUCAGUCAGAUUUGUAAGGCUAUUGCAACAUACAAGGUACAGAAUCAACUAAGAUCGAUCUUUUUAAUGGCCUUACCUUCCAACAGGAUGAAAAGACGUAAGGUGCAUUUACAAUGUAGUAAGCAGUUGUUCUCUCUGGGUAGUUCAAAUCAUCAAUGGUUGAUAAAAUUGUCAGUAACUGCAGAAACAUGUGACAGGAGCGAUUGAAUGACCAUCUUAGAGAUUCGGGAAAUCCUUGAUUUGCUAGUUAUAAAUUGCGUAUUUAAGAUUUGUCUUUAGUUUGGACCAAUCAGAACCACUAGAAAUGGAAUCAGAAUUACGGGGAGAAAUUUAACUUGUGCCGACAACAAUUGGAGAAGGAAAAGAAUACCUUUGUGUGGCCAAGUGCUGAAAGUUUCAGUCCAGUCAUAUCUAAAAUCUUCACGCAGGUGGUGAUGGGCCGUCCAUACUUUUUUGAUGCUGAAGGCUACAACAAAAAAAGCGUAGGUGUUAUUGUAAUGAUAAUGAAGGGUGAAGAGAGAAGCUUCUGUUGAAUCCCAGAAUUCAGUAACUCACCAGAAUAACACGAUCCCGAUACUCAUUGAUUUGUAUGUGCGACUGCACAUAAUCAUUCACCUGUGAAGAGAUUAAAACACCGGUUAGUAAACUCAACAAGCUUCUCAAUUUCUCACAGGUUUUUGAAAUACAGAUUUUCAAUAGUCUAGGCUGCUGUUUGUGGCAUCGAAAUUCACAGGAUGGCCCAAAAUUAUUCCUAUAGAAAAUGAAUUGAACCCGAAUACUUACAGUUGCUUUGUCUAAUGCGCUGAGUCCAACGCCAAUGGCAAAUACAGGAAGGCCCUGAGGUGAAACAUAACAAAUUACAGAUCAGAAGCCGGCACUCAAUCUCAUUAGAACAGGUAUCUUAGAAUUAUACGGAAAUGUUUUAUUCAACGUGAGAUUUCUGGUUUAAACGAAUUAGAUAUUGAUUAGCAAAUUCAUACCUCUUUCGAGUAACCUGAAAGUCCCACAAGCUGUGAAUCUCUCACUGCUCUGUAGACAUCAGCAGGAAGUAUAGGCUUCUGCAGACAACGGAAACUUUGUCAACACAAGAAUUUUGGGGCAUCGCAGUGAAUGAGCUGUUGAAGCACUUACUCUUAAUACAUUGUCAAUCUCGUUUUCUACCCUCCAUUUUAAACAGUCCACCAGCUGAAACAUAGAAACAAGGGGCUAUUUUAGUAAUGCAUAACACAGUUUGAUGUCCAUAGAAAGUUGAAUCAAAAACAUAUUUCUAACCAUUUUAUGGGCCUUGGCAACAUCGUAUUCUCGUGCCUUUAAGAAUCGUUCUAGCGUUUCAGUUAUGAAUCCUUGAUGUACAUUCUGCAAAUAGAUCAUUCGAAGUUACUUAAGAGAAGUUUCAUAAGAGGUCAUUUGGGAUUCGAUCUCAUAUUGUUAGCAGAACCAACAGCAUUUUAAGCUCUUAGAACUUGCAGUUAGAAGACAGGUCGUAACACAGAAGGAGAUGAAGAAAAAGAAGAAAGCUGGUGAACCUGAAAGGAUUUCUUCAUUGGCUGAUCAACUGCAGUUUUCGAAACAAAAGGACAGAACAAAUAGUUAUUAGCAAUUGAAGUUUUCAGAACUAAAAUUGAAGGAAAACGGAGUUGGUCUACUGACCUCGAUCCAUCAGAGCUCUGAGCUUCUUGAUAGCUUCCUGAGGAUUGAUACCCAUUUGAUUGAUCUCGAGAUGAAAAGAACACCAAAGAAAAAUGCAAGCUCCCAAGUUUCUAUUUCUCUCACUCUCUCUGUAGGACAAAGUGAGUACGAGAAUCACGAAGCUAGAUGAAUAAUGAAUACAAGAGCCUCUCUUAGAAGAAGAGUCCGGACAAGAAAGUGAACCCAAGAUCUCACAAGUCACAAUCUUUAGAGGCGAAGGUGCUGUUUAAAUACCAAAGGUCUCACACGGACUCACCCUUCUUUAUUUCUCUGUCCUUCUCGAUGGCCUGUGAGACUGACACAAAAGUCAUUAUCUUUUUCCUCGAUUGGGAAAAGUAAGAAAGUGUGUGUCGGAAUCUAAAUACGACCCUUAAAAAAUGCAGCGAAGAAGAGGAAAAAGGAGCUAACAUUCUGAAUGGGUUCUUCGUGUCGAAGUUGCUGGCUCUGGUUUGUUUCCAAAUUUUUGCUUCCGUAAUCUUUUUCAGUAUUCUCCACUAAUAAAUAUACACCACAAACAUUAAAUCUUGGUCGUCCAUCUGGUCGUUGCCAUCUACCCUUCACCAUUUGAUUUCGGGUUCUUUUUUCUUUUCUUCCCUUUCUUUCUUUUUUAUUCCCAAACCCUGUGGCCAGUUAAUUGUGGAAAGCAAAACCGUGGGAAUCUUCUUAAAAAGUGAAAGUGCAGGAAAAUGCCCAUUCUCUUUGGCCUUGCUUGUUGGAUCUUAAAGUGAGGAAAUUUGAUGGCUUUUGGUGACACUUAUGGAGAAAACUUGGUGGAGAUGUUUGGGGGACUGCCAAAGGGUGGACUUUCGAUCCUGUCUCGUAUUCUUUGGAGGUAGCAUUUAUGGAAUUGGAAUUGGUGGGAGAAAUGGUAAAAAAUAACCUUAAGGUUCAACAAUGGAAAAUGGAGAUAAAAUCAACCACAUUUGAUCAUUGAGAUGGUUGACCAUACUUUACCAGUUUGAUGAGACUUAAAUGGUACACCUUUUUUUUUUCUUCUUCUUUUUAAUUAAAAGAAAGAUGCAUUUGUGGUGUUCUUUGAAUAUAGUUUCUAUUGGAUAAACUUUUUUAUUUUAGCUACUCAUGCUUUGACA